GGGUGGCGAGGGAGGAAGGACGAGAUGUUCCCCCUUCUAAGAGAGAAGACACGCAAUAACCGCAUCACCGUCAUCGUGAUGCGGGCCUCCUGGAUGCUUCUCCUGCUGGCCUGCUGCGGAAACGGCAACACAAAAACAGUCGGACAGUCAGCGCAUCCGGUGGAGUCUGAUGCUCUUCUCCCAGCAGAUGCGCGGAGCGUGGUCCUAAAAGGUAAAAGCCACACGGACAAAGUGGAUGUGGCGAGCCCCAUGAAUCUGACGCUCGGGUGCACCUGGACAGGAAAUGGGAAGAAGCUGCUCAACGUGACGGGAUAUUGGCUUAAAGAUGGCCGGCCUGUUGACAACAGUCAUGUGACGCUGCAGUUUGAGAACCAGCAGGUUCAGCUCAAAAGAAUGUUCGUUAUUAAAAACGAAGAAAAUCUGGGAAGAUACUCGUGCAUGUUUGGCAAUGAAGCAAAGGCUGAUUUUAUUUUGGCAGUACCGCACAUCGGGGACGUGCGGGACAAACCUGUGGUCAGCUACGUUGGGGACUCGGUGGUGUUGGUGUGCAAGAUGGACGACAACAAGCCCAACCCCAAGACCUGGUUGUGGUUUCGGGCCAACGGCACUGAUAAGGAGGAGAUCGCCACUGUGGCAGAACCGCAAAAGUACCAAGUCCAAAACGCCGGCAAGGUCACGAAGCUUCACGUGCACAACCUGACCCAGGACGACUCGGGUCUGUUUUACUGCGGCGCCAUGUUCACCAUCGGCAUGGCCGUCAGCCACCUGGAGCUCAAGGUGAUCACCAUUUAUGAGCCCUUGAAGCCCUUCGUCGCCAUCAUACUGGAGGUCCUCGUCCUCGUCGCCGCCAUUCUGCUCUUUGAGAGGAGUCAGUCCAAGAAGGGCCAAGUACAAGAAGGGGAGGAGGUGGCCAAGGCCGAGCCCCCCGCCACCAACGCCGAGCCCCCCGCCAUCAACGUCGAGCCCCCUACUAGCACCUCGUCUGCCACGCCACCGGGAGAAAGUCAGGGACUGGAAGAGACCUUGUCGGCCAGGCAACGCAAAUCCUGAAAAUAAACAAUACUAAUUGAGUUGAUGUGUGGAUUUGAUCACUAUAGCUCCAAAUCCCACAUACAGUAUAAUCUCUACCUUGUACGGUAUUAGAAUCAAGCAGCUUUUUUUUUUCAAAAGGUUGAAAGGCAAUAAUUGCACUUGAGUGCAAAUCAUGGUACUGAACAUGUUGCACAUAUCACCAUAUUCGUUAUUAUAUGUGAUAC